ACUGUGAGGUGAGAAUCUUGUUCAGAGUGUGAAUUAAAGAAAAGUAUAUAUGUAUAACAAAGUAUAAAGAUAAAUGUAUUAAAAUGAUAAAGAGAAAUCAAGAGAAUAUAGUUUGUUUAUAAUAAUAUUAUUUUGGUCUAAAAAAAGCUUCUUCUUACUCAAGUUAAGCAUACCUUCUCAUAUGUACCUUUCCUUUUACAUCAUUUUCUUCUUUAUCUACACAAAUACAACUAAUAUUUCCACCAUUACUCUUUCUUUUUUCUCCCUUAUUAACUUUCCCACAUACUAGACUGAUCUCAGUAAGAAAAGAAAACUCCAAGUAAAUGACACUAUUAAGAAAACAGAGCCAUAAUAACAAACACCCGUAGGAGCUUAUAUAUUAUUAUUAUUGUAAAAUUCCAUUAAUAAUAAUGGCGACCGCAGUACAGAAGCUCAUAGUGGAAGUAGUGGACGCACGUAACCUCUUGCCCAAAGAUGGUCACGGCACGUCGAGUCCGUACGUAACGGUUGAUUAUUACGGUCAACGAAAGCGAACCCAGACUAUCUUACGGGACCUGAAUCCGACGUGGAAUGAAGUGCUGGAGUUCAAUGCCGGAAAACCAUCUGAAGUGUUCGAGGACAUUUUGGAGCUCAAUGUGUUCCACGAUAAAUCUCACGGGCCCACCACUAGAACCAACUUCCUCGGCAGACUUCGACUCAGUACGGCUCAGUUCGUUAAGAAAGGAGAAGAGGCUCUCAUAUAUUUUACUCUUGAAAAGAAACACUUGUUUAGUUGGGUUCAAGGUGAUAUCGGCUUGAAAGUCUACUACGCCGACCAGAUCAUCCAACCUCCACUAACGGAUGAGGAAAAGAAGCCGGAGCCCCAACCAGCGCCGACUCCAACUCCCGAGCCUACCCCCGAGCCACCAGCUCCCAAGUCAAACACAACAGAAAAUAAUGCUGCUGAUCAGGCUGAAAAGGUUGAUCAGCCUCCGGCUCCGUCUACUGAGUCACCACCGAGAACUGAACCACCUAAGGAAGAGAAAGUGGAAGAAGUUGCUCCGCCACAAGAAAUUCCACCGGAGAAUAGCUUGCCUCCGCCUCCGCCUCAACCAACAACUCCUAAAACCAUGCAACGUGAAGCUGAACUAGACAUGAUGGCCUCCUCCGUCUCAAGGCCGUUGCCUAAAAUAAGAACAGCUGGGAUUAAUAUUAACGGUCCGAGGCCUAUGACGAGACCAUUUCCUUCCUUAGAAUCAUUUAGUUCUGAUAUGUCCGAUAUGGUCACCUCGAUCGAACGAUCUUCAUUCGAUCUCGUGGAGAAGAUGCACUACGUGUUCGUACGAAUCGUGAAAGCCAGAUCACUCCCCACAGAAGGCAACCCAAUCGUGGAGAUAUCAAUAUCCAAUUACCACGUCAGAUCGAAACCAGCGAGGAAAACGACGUUCUUUGAUUGGGAUCAGACCUUCGCUUUUUCCCGUGACUCACCGGAAUCUUCCUCAACACUAGAGGUCUCCGUGUGGGACAUACCCAACUCUAAGCCCACAUCCGACGUGGCAAUUAGCAAAAACUUCUUGGGUGGAAUUUGUUUUGACGCGACAGAAAUUCCAUUGCGGGACCCACCGGACAGCCCAUUGGCCCCACAGUGGUAUCGAUUGGAAGGGGGCGGAGCUCACUGUGGGGACCUCAUGCUAGCAACAUGGGUAGGCACCCAGGCAGAUGAAUCAUUUGCUGACGCGUGGAAAUCAGAUAUUUCUGGAAAUCCACACGCUCGUGCCAAAAUUUAUCAAUCUCCCAAACUUUGGUAUCUUCGUAUCACAGUCAUUGAAGCCCAAGAUGUUCUCCCCAUAAUGAAGUCGUUUAAGGAGUUAAGCUUCCAAGUCAAAGCUCAAUUGGGUCCCCAAAUUCAAAAGACUAAAGCUUCUCUUACGCGCAAUAGCACUCCCCUGUGGAAUGAAGAUCUUAUUUUCGUUGCUGCUGAACCUUUCUCUGAACACAUUGUAAUCACUCUUGAGAUACGACAUCAAAAGGGACAAACUACAUUGGGAACGGCAAUAAUUCCUCUUACUGUUGUAGAGAGGAGAGUGGAUGACAGAAAAGUAGCGUCACGGUGGCUCAGCCUUGAAAAUAUUCAGGAUGAGAAAAGAAGAACUUAUAACGGACGUGUUCACCUAAGGCUCUGUUUCGAUGGCGGAUAUCACGUGAUGGAUGAGGUUGCACACAUGAGCAGCGACUACCGCCCCACGGCUAGGCAACUCUGGAAGCCUCCUGUUGGCACAGUGGAACUCGGUAUCAUUCGGGCAAAGAAUCUUGUUCCGGUCAAGACCAUCGACGGUAAAGGGUGUACGGACGCUUACUGUGUGGCAAAGUACGGUUCGAAGUGGGUGCGAACUCGCACUAUUUCGGAUAGUUUGGACCCUAAGUGGAACGAACAGUACACCUUCAAGGUGUUUGAUCCUUGUACAGUUUUGACGAUUGGGGUGUUUGAUAGCUGGGAAACUUCAGCAUUAAUUGAGGUUACUGAUGAUGCAACACAUCCCGAUUACCGAAUUGGAAAGGUUCGGAUUCGUAUAUCCACGUUGGCUACUGGCAAAGUGUACAAAAAUACAUAUCCUUUGUUAGUAUUGACUCCGGGUGGUAUGAAGAAAAUGGGUGAGGUAGAUAUUGCUAUUCGGUUUGUGAAGGUGAGUCCUACUUUAGAUUUGCUCCACGUGUAUUCUCAACCUUUGUUGCCGUUGAUGCACCAUAUUAAGCCUCUCGGGCUAGCUCAACAAGAUGUGUUGAGAAGCACCACUAUGAAGAUCAUUGCCUCACACUUUUCGCGACAUGAGCCACCACUUCGGCGUGAAGUUGUGCUUUAUAUGCUUGAUGCUGACUCGAACGUGUUCAGUAUGAGAAAAGUUCGAGUGAAUUACUUGAGAAUUAUUAAUGUAAUUGGUAAUGUGAUUGAUGUUGUUAAUUGGGUUGACAAUACACGAACGUGGAAAAAUCCAACAGCUACAGUACUUGUGCAUGCAUUACUCGUGAUGUUGGUGUGGUUUCCUGAACUAAUCGUCCCCACUCUUGCAUUCUAUGUCUUUGCGGUUGGAGCUUGGAAUUAUAGAUUUCGAUCUCGAUACCCACUUCCUCAUUUUGAUCCAAAACUUUCAUUGGUGGAGAGUGUGGACCGUGAUGAGCUAGAUGAGGAAUUUGACACACUGCCAAGUUGUAAACAACCCGAAGCAAUUCAAGCCAGGUAUGAUAAACUUCGAAUAUUAGGGGCAAAAGUGCAAAAUGGUUUAGGAGAUUUGGCAACACAAGGUGAACGUUUGCAAGCAUUGGUUACGUGGUGUGAUCCACGGGCCACAGGAAUUUUUAUAGGAUUGUGUUUUGUAGUUGCAAUGAUGUUGUACUUGAUCCCCUCUAAAAUGGUUGCCAUGACAUUUGGAUUCUAUUAUUUUCGUCAUCCAAUCUUUCGUGAUAGGAAGCCAUCUCCAGCAUUGAAUUUCUUCAAAAGACUUCCUUCAUUGUCUGACCGUAUCAUGUAAGCUAGUUAUCGAAUGGUUAUGUAACUUUGGUUCAACUGCUACUUAGAAAGUCGAGACUUUUAAUUUUAUUUUUCUCUAGUUUAUUUGUUGCAUGAUGAGAAUUUUAUUGAAAUUAAAAGGCUAGGGUUGUUAAAAUUUUAAGGCUCAUUUGAUAGUCCGUGUAAGAGUCAUAUAUUGUAUUAAAUAACAAGUAACACUAAGUUUAGAUAAAAUAUUGUAUUGUAUUAA